AUGAUGCGAUUUUUUUGACUACGUUUAUGAGGGAUGUAUAUCACUUACAAUUGCAGGUGUGUUCGCGAACGACUUCACAAUCUUCCGCGCUCAAACAACUAAAACGUGAAGAGCUCCAUUCUCCAGAUUGUUUCUUGCGUCGCCCUCUUGGCUCUUUUGGCUUUGAUGGGCUUGGUCGCCAAGGGAACGAUUCAGAAGCUGGGGGCUACUUUUGCUGUUGAGGCGUCCGUGCCUGGAUGUGAUGGAGGAGCCACGACGGGAGCCGUAGCGACUUUUGCAACGAUCCAAAUACUGGCGUCCGUCGCCGACACCCCCUUCCCCAACUCCUCCUUCCCCAACGUCUAUGUCCCUUUCCUACGUGGGCGACAAUGGACGGCCAAGCGGAUUCUUUUUCCCUCGGAAACUGCCAAGGAGACUGCGAUUCCGACUCUGACUGUGCAGGCAGUCUUCAUUGUUUCCAACGCAACGGAUGAGAGCUGCUCCGGCCCGAGUCGCAACGACCCCAAUGGCGGCGGUAGAAGUCCGUCGCCGACGCCUCCGUCUCCAAGUCCUCCAUCUCCUGCUCCUCCAGCUUCGGGACGCUUCAAUCUCAAGCUCUACUGGGAAGAAGGAUACUUUUGGCAAGAAGAGCGGAUCGAACGCAAGUGGUGCAUGCAGUGCCGAGGUGGAUGCCGUAUCGGCAAGGAAUUGAAGAUUGUGGACUGCGAUGGAGGUCGUCGCGGUAACCCCGACAACUUUCGCUUUAUCCAACACAGUGGAGGCGAAAUUCAGAUCCAGGAAGACAGCAGUGAACUCUGUUUCCAACGGUCUGGUCGCGAUAUUUCUCUUCAAAGAUGCAACAGCGGCAACUCCAAUCAGCGUUGGGUUGCAACCAGUGGUGGAUUUGGCGGGAGGCGCUUCCAGAUUUCACCCAAGGGUCGUCGGGGUGACUGCGUGACUCAACGUCAUCACCCCAAGGAUGGAGAGAUCGUCGAGAUUGAGCCAUGUGCUACGGCUCAAAAGGGAGAUACCUCGUUUUGGAAUCGUGCCUAGAACUCGUUUGUGAAGCAAUGGUGGUGUGUGUCGCUUGGUGGAUAGUGAGAUGAAAUUUCUGUUAUGUUUCGAAGAUAAGAUUAGAUUGAACGUCUAGCUAGUCUCGAAGUACCAACAAUAAACGACGUAUGGAGAGAAA